ACGCAACACGAUUGGACGUCCGCGUGAGUGGAGCCGGGGCCACAGAGCCAGCGUGUCCCAAUCGAUACGCAGCUAGUCGAUCAGCAUGAAGUGGCAGAACUGUGGCGGCGUAGGGUCCAGGUGCGUCAGACGCGCUCUGUUGUUCGUGUUCGUCUGGGGCCUGGUGAUGAUCGCAGCGGUGCAAUUCCGUCAUGCGGAGAACAGCCUCAGAGAGACACCAACGGCCGAGGAGUCCGCCAACGACCUUCUCCUCGACGACAUCUAUCGUCGACGCGAGAUAAUGAAGAACCGUGGCUCUUCCAGUCUUGGUCUCUCCAGAUAUCUCUUGCAAAGGUCCUCGGCAGACUCCAGUUUCUCAAAUUCCGGUGGUUCCAGCCUCUUAACCACUUUGACCACCAUAUCCAACAAUCCAACGAAAAAUCCUUCAGAGUUGGAGCCAUUGUUGGAUAAAAGACCGGCGAAAACAGAGGAAGAGUUGAUCGAGGAAAUAGAACAGAGGAUACCUAGUCUGCCUUUAGCUUACUGGAACAAGAACAGCAAAUAUCCUGCUGGUCAGAGCAAGACUAAAGGCAAUUAUAGCUGUUCCAAUCUGAAAUAUCCCUCUAUCUACGAUAUAGAGUUUAAUAACGUUUACUGGCAAACGAUGCGGACCGGUAACGGCACGUUUCAAUUGUUCGGUGCUUAUUACGACUGUAGAAAGUUGUCGAGAAUAGGGCCAGCCGUUAGGAUCGUCGGGAUGAUCGAUAGAAUCGAGCCUAUCGUAAGGACUCACUGUCAAUUUUGGUACGACGGAGAAAGAGAUCCUAUCAUUGUCAAGACCAUGGAGUAUAAAUACAUCUGGUACCCUAAAUGGGGUAACUACAAACAGGGAAUCUAUCAGCCGUACGUAAUCGCCUGCAAGAUUCCCCAGUCUCAUUGGUCAAAGGGACCUCCGGCUUCGGUCUCUAUGGUAGAAAAGAACUGCGACACUCCCAGCAAUAAUCUUAGAGUCAUAUACAAUAAGCCAGAACGUAAAAAAGAUUUCGCUGUCUGUGUGAAGGGUCUAGAUUUCCUUCACGAGGAUUUGUCUGUCAGGCUGGUUGAAUGGAUCGAGUUAAUUAGCCUGUUAGGCGCGGACAAGAUCUUCUUCUAUCAGCUCCAGGUUCAUCCUAACGUGACAAAGAUUCUAGAUCAUUAUCAGAAAUUAGGAAUGGUCCAUGUGACCCCGCUGACGUUACCCGGUGGGCAACCUAACGUUCCUGCUUUUCAACACAUGUAUCUGACAAAGAAGACCAAUCAUAAGAGACAGAACGAACUGAUCCCUUAUAACGACUGUUUGUACAAGCAUAUGUACGAGUACGAAUAUAUCGCUUUAUUGGAUGUGGACGAAGUGAUCAUGCCAGUGAAAGACGCCACGUGGCAGGAUUUGAUGAAGAGGGUGCUGCAGAAAGCGUUAAAGAUCAGAAACGAGACUAGGGCUUCGUAUAACGUGAGAAACGUGUAUUUCCUCGACGAUUUGUUGCACUCGCAUGGGUACUUUAAGGGCAUGCCAAAGUACAUGCAUAUGUUGCAGCACGUCUAUCGUUCGCAAAACUUUACGAAACCUAAUCAGUACAUCAAGUGCUUCCACAAUCCGGAGAGGGUGGUGACCUUGCACAAUCACUUCCCUUUGGCCUGUUUGGGCGCCGGUUGCACCAGUUACCCCAUAGAGACCGAGGAUGCUCAACUUCAGCAUUACAGAGCGGAUUGCGUGAAAUCGUUGAAGAAGACUUGCGUCCAAUAUCGCGAGAACAGCGUGUUAGACACUACGAUAUGGCGAUACAAGGACCAAUUGAUCGAAAGAGUCACCAGGACGUUGGAAACUCUUGGUUUCUUUGGACCGAGCUAGCGAGAAUCAGGCUUCCUGACUUUCUAUUUCGUGUGCUAUCGACGACGAAGCUCGAAACCGUUUAGAAUCGUUUCCUCCGUUCGUCUCGUUUCUCCUUCUAUCGAUUUCCUUUAAAACGGUCCAACGUGCGAGAAGUUUGCUACUCGAAUGGUCGCUAGGAACGCGUUUGCUUCGAUCAACGAAGAAUUUUUAUCGAUUCCGAUGUUUAACUAUACAAAUUUUUUUCUACAAAACUUUCCAUUCGGAUCGAACAUUCGUUGCGUUACGGUGGUUUGCUCGAAAUAUUUUUUGAAACCAAAGUACGACGAUGCCUUGACGAACAGAAUAUAUCGAUGCCUGAAAUAUUAACAAGUACCAUAUUCUAGUUCCGUGUUUUUGCAAAUACCUUAAACAAAUUAUUUCGUGAAUAAUUUAAGAAUCUCUUAUUUGUCUUUUAUAAAAAUAUUACGUAUCUUCUUAUUGUUAUCGAUUCUUCGCGAUUCGACAAAAACUCGAUGUGCCGUAAGAAAAAAGAAUCGGUGAUUAUGAGAACGAAGCGUCGCGAUUCACCGACACGUUCGAGGAAGAAAAGGCUGUGUAAAUCGGACAGAACGUACGGCGACGAUUAGAAUAAUCUAUAGGAUAAGGAUAAGGAUAGCGUUAAUGAUUUCUCAAUUUGUGCCACUGGACGAAAUGUAAACUCGAUUCGUGGAAUCGUAGAUCGGAAACGUAACUUUUUUGCUCAACGUCCUUCGAGAUAGCCACGAAUUAUUUGGUUCUCGAUCAGUUAUGCUGUCACGUGUGUGACACGCUUUUUACGAAAUCGAAUAUCGUCAAACGCAAUUGAAAGACUGGCAACUAAUCACGGUUGCACUUGAAAUUCGAACCGAGGGAAACCCGUUUCGUCGUGUAACGCGAAAUACCUUGUUUCUAAUAAUCAUAUCAUUCGAUACAUCGAAUUUUAUCAACUAGAGAAAUUCAAAUUUUUAACAAUUUGUGCAAUGUAUCGCGUACUAUUAAAUUAUAUAAUUCAAGUAUUUGGAAAUAUUUGGAUAUUAAAUUCCGAACUUGAAAAUUCCGAACCUUAAAAAAAAUAGAGAUUUUGGCUGUUUUUUAAUAUCCGAAUAUUUGCAAAAUUUAUUAGAACGAAUCAGUCGAUUUCCUAAAUUAGCGAACGCCAACCGAACGUUCGAUCAGGCGAAUGUUUCGAGUAAUUUGAAAAGUCAAAUAGUGUUCGACUUGCUCGAAAAAUUCGAGAACCGAAGAGACGAGAUCGUCGCGUUAAAGGGAACGCUGGUUACGUCGUAUAUUUCGAAUUCGAAAGAGAAGAAUCAAAGAAA